UUUCAGAAAAUGACAAAGGAGACUGACAAAAAGCCAAAAGAACGUCCGAAUCAAAGAAAAGUUGCAUUUCGAAAUGAAGCAAUAAAUGCAUUAGUAAAUACAGAUGAGGACCAAGUCACAUUUUCGAAAGCAAUGGAAGUUGCCAAAUUAGAUUGUCAAAAGUGUCUUCUACACGAUAUGCAUAGUUCAAAGUCAUCGAAUUGUCGCGAUAAUCCAUUUUGUAUACAUCGAUUAGGACUCGAGAAGUUUGAAAAGUUGAUAACUCAGGAGCAGGAAACUAAAGAAGAAGCGAAAAAAGAUCAAAAGCGGAGAGAUCUGAAUGAUCAACCAGCCGGGCUUAUCAAUGGAGGAAACUUUUGCUAUGUGAAUAGUUUUCUUCAAGUCUGGUUCAACGUUCCUGAGUUCCGGCAGUUGAUCUAUGAUUUCCGACCAUCGGAGAACUUUGUUCCGCCAGAAGCUCCAAGAAUGAAUGUUCAAGCAACUAUGCUCGCGCUUCAAGACAUUUUUUAUACACUACAGACAACUCCUUUCAACGAGACCGACAAAACUUCGAAUCUUGGGAAAUUACUUCGAUUGAAUUCAGAACAACAAGAUUCUCAGGAAUUCGGAUUAAAAUUCUUCAAUGCACUCGAACGAUGUCUUCCAGAUCAUCCGAAUGGAAAAGAAACUUUGAAAAGAUUAAAAGAUCUUUUCACUGGAGAGACUUGUACUCGAAUUGUAUGCAAAUGUGGACAACGAUCUGAACGGGAAGAAACAGCAAUCUCAUUGACUUUGAAUAUUGAAGGUUAUUGCACACUUCUAGAUGCUCUUGAUGCUUACUUUGGAGAAGAACAUCUGGACGACUUCAAAUGCUCAAAAUGCAAUAAAACUGGAGAUGUUUCGAAGCAAUCCGAUUAUGUUAAGCUACCUCCUGUCAUUGUGAUUCAGCUCAAUCGAUACAAAUACACAUCCAAAGGGCGUCAAAAGUUAAAAACACCAAUGGCAUAUCCAAGAGAAAUUCCAGCAAAAGCAUUUCAAAGAACGAAUAAUUCAAUUCCUCCGCCUGCUGAGAUGUAUGAUCUUUUCGCAGUUACCAUCCACGAAGGCAAUAACGCUGAAUGCGGGCAUUACUAUGAUCUUAUCAAAUCACCGCUCAAUCAGAAAUGGUAUCGGUACAAUGACGAGGCGAUCGAAGCCAUCCCAAAGCCACCUGGAACUGAGAAACCCACCACAGCAAAAACUGAAAAAUCACGGAAAAAAGAUAAAGAAAAAUAUCCAACGGAUCAAAAAGCAUGUUAUGGACUUCUUUACCGGAGACGUGAUGCAUUUAAACCACUUCCACAUCCAAAACUUCCUCCAGAAGAAUUGAUUAUUGACUCGAAAACUGAGAUCGAAGAAUUAUUCGAAGGAUUGACGAAAAAGAAAAUUGAGAAGAGUGAAAAGAGAUUGUAUGAUCUUGAGAGACGGAUUAACAAGGUGAAGAUUUCGUAUGGAAAGCUGGAAACACAUAGCGAUAAAUAUAAAGAAGCAAAUGAAGUUGUCUUUUUGCCAACAACUCUUCUGCAGGAUGUAUUAGCUCAGGAAUAUGAAGUUGCAAAAGGAGAAAAGAAGAAAAAGAAGAAAGAAGCAUCGGAAAAUGAGGAGAAAAAGAAAAAUGAAGAGGAUGAAGCAUUGUCCGCCGCGAUCGCUGCAUCUGAAGCCGAUCAGAGAGAUAAAGCUUCGUCUGAACCUUCAACUUCUGCUGCUGCAACAGAAGCAGGAGAUGAUGAGGAGUUGAGAGCAGAAAGUGAAACACCGAAUCCUGAAAAUGCUGAAUCAACACAAGUUGCUAUCAUGGAAACAGAUGAGAUCAUGGAUACAACUCCCACAAAAGAUAUUGAUAUUCUCGCGAAGGCAAUGGAAGAUAAUGCACUCCCAACCGUUGAGGUGCCACAACCAGAACUCAAAAAACGAACUCGUCAGCAGAAUGGAGAAGUCAAAUACGUGUAUUCUCAACGAACUCCUAGAAAAAGCCAUAAUGGGACGAAUGGAACUAACUCGAGUCCCCAGAAACAACCGGUUUCAUCACGAGUUGCGGCUCUGCUGAGUUCUCAUGAAAUUCCAACAUGUGGUCACGGAAAGAUGUCAAUCGAUCCAAUUCUUUACGGAGAUGUCAAAGCAGUAUCACGGGCUCCAGCAAUCGCCUUGCUCCGUGAGUAUGACUUUCGAGUGAAAAUCGUGUAUGAUAAUGGAGAGAACGUUUUCCCGGAAAAUGAAAAGGAACGAGAUGUUUUUAUUUUCACAGCAGAAGACAUUUGUAUGGAAUGUGUGAGGGAAAUGCGUGAGGAAGGAAAUUUUAACAAUCAACUGGAAGACGAUGAAAAGCUUGUUCGACGUAUUCUGAAAGAAGAAAAGCAACGGUGUUCUGUGAAAUGCCCUUCCGAACGGCCCGAUGGAUACCUUUACGUAGCUAAAUUUGCACUUUCCAACUUCAAGAAGUCAGCCAUGUCAGCUCGCGAGAACCGACUUGCUCAAUCACAUAACAAACAAGGAACACUUCAUUUUGACUCUCAUCCGAUGCAAAAAUCGAAUUCUGGCUACCUAACGUUGUCGUUGAAAAGGACUCGAGGAAAACCUCGCAAAUCAUUGUCGGAGAUUCCUGAAAAGAUGCAGAAGCUUGAUGAAAUUGGAUCGAAAGAAUUGCCAGAUGAGAUUAUUGCUGAUGAAGAAGAAAUUUCGGAAAAUAUGGGAUCCGAUAUACCAACAAAACCGGUGGAGUCGAUAAAUCCAGAUGCGCUUGUUCCCUUCGAGAAGAUUGAAUUUAAUUCAGAGCUUCGUUGUUCACACGGAGGAAUCAAUUUUAAUCAAUUCAGACUAUCUGUUUCUCCCGAAGAGUGGGCUCAUUUAAAAGUCUAUUUCGAUGAAUGUUACGAGGUGAAAUGUUCGGACGACGUGUGUGAUCAGUGUCGACAAAUGGAGGUUGACGCACAAAACGGAUCCGAGAACAUGCGUGGGUUGGUCAGAGAGAUGCGCAAACGAAUCAGUGACACAUUAAAAACCGUUGAAUCAAGAGCUGAAUCUAAAGAAGAUGGUGCAGACAUAAAGUAUGGAAUCUGUAGUGUCUUUAUAGAUAAGCUUAGAAAGCUGACGAGUCGACAAUCUACGAGUCCGCCAUCUAUCUGCCAAGAGUGCCUUCUUUGUCCACAUCAGCAGCCGUUUAAAGGAUUUUUGAAUGAAGAUAAUCACAAAGAUUCACACGUCGUCGGUCUUACCGAAGAGGAAUGGAACACGUUUCUUACAGAAAUAAGGAAACUUGAAGAAGCUGGUGAUGAUCAAUCGAUUGCGGUAGAUCCUUGUCCAAUCCCCAUUGAAAAUGGUCAAAUUGUGGACAUGUGCGAAAAGUGUUUUGAGCAACAUAUAAAGUUCACUGAAGAACAGAAAUACAUGUUUGAAAAUGAGAAUAUAUAUGUGAAACUUGUGAAUUUGAAUGUCGAGGAAGAUAUUGCGAAGGCGAAUGGGAAAGCUAGAAGAGGACGAGCUAAGAACUUGUAUGCUAUAAAGAUGUCCUCGACGAAUAAGCUGAUGGAGCUGAAAGUUCAAUUGUAUGAUAAAACACACCAAUUACCAAACGAUCAACUAUUGUAUCGUACAGCCGGCGGUGAACAGUUUGAUGUUAGCAACAAUCAGAAAACAUUGUUCGAUCUUCGUCUUUCUCCAAAUAAUAACGAUAAUCCUCUCAUCCUGAUUGCUCAACAGUUUUCUCCAUCUGCGUCUCAAGCUGAUGAAACUGGUGAUCGUGCCCCGGAGCGUGGUUUCGUGGAUACAGCGCUCGCUCAUUGAUAUUUUUUCACAGACAAUGUUUAAUUCUUAUAGCAUUUUCUGCAACUUAAAGUAUAACUAUGUCUAGAUUUUGAAACUUUUAUUUGUUUGCCAUUUCUUUUGCCCCCGAUCCCCGUAUUAUAAUAGCCUCCAAAUAUCGUCUCCGCUUUCUCCCGCCCCUUUUGUUCGCUGGAUCUCCAUCUAUUUCUGACUUUAAGUUAUCUUUUAUUCCUGGGUUUUUCUUCGAGUUGAAGGAGUUGAAAUGAUACACUUAUUAUUCAAGUGUCUGUGUCUAGCCGAUUUACUUGUAGCAUCAUGCUAGAUACCAGAAUGUGAAUGAUUUCUCUGAAAAUAAAUCAUUUGAUAUUUG